AUGUAUCCUACUUUCACCAUCGCGCUGACCAUCGAGGAAUUCAGCCCCCGCGCGAUUUAUAUAUCCGGAAAGGCGUCGUCUACUGCUGGAUUGACGGCCGCUGUUGUGAAAGACGAAGAGUCUUUCGAAUUUGUCAUUGAAGCUGGAACGUUGAUGCUUGCGGAUAAUGGAGUUUGCUGUAUUGACGAGUUUGACAAUAUGGAUCAGAAGGAUCAGGUGGCUAUUCAUGAGGCUAUGGAGCAGCAAGCGAUCUCGAUCACAAAGACCGGUGUGAAAGCGACGCUUAAUGCUCGUGCUUCGAUUCUUGCCGCUGCGAAUCCGGUCGGUGGAAGGUACGAUCGAUCGAAACCGCUCAAAUACAAUGUGCAGAUGUCGGCGCCGAUUAUGUCGCGUUUCGAUUUGUUCUUUGUGCUUGUCGAUGAGUGCAAUGAGGCCACCGAUUAUGCGAUCGCGCGGAGAAUUCUUGAUAAUCAUCAAGCGAUUAAUGAGCACGUGCCGCGGGCGACGCCCUACAAAAUUGACGAUAUCAAGAAGUAUAUCGCUUUUGCGAGAUGCUUCAAGCCAAAGGUAGUGCCUCUACAAGUUUUCCGUGGCGACGGCACUGAUGGUCCCAUGUGGAGUGUCGAAGAACUUUUGAAACAAUAUUAA